AUGGAGCGCUUCGGGUGCGCCCUGGACACCGACCCGAUGGCGGCCGCAGCGAGCGAGGAGGGCCGUGCCGCUCUGGGCGCCCGAGUGCGUGAGCCGGACGUGGCGGCAGUGGUUUGGGAGUACACGUGGUGCAGAUGGGUCGCUGGGGUGUGCCUCGAGGCGGACGUGCCCAGCCUCGGCGUGCGGCCAUCCUUUGUCGACGCUUUCCGCAGCCACGGCCACGUGGCAGUAACCUCGUUUGACGGCGAGACGCGAACGCGCGACCGUCCUGAGGAUGUGGAUGGGCCGAUCGCGGAUCUCGAGACGGCCGCGGGUGCGCUCGAGGCUGGCUUUAUGCUGGCGGCGCCCUUGCGCCGGGGGAUCGCCCUUUCGCCGGCGUGGCGCACAACGCGGCGCCUCUUCGGCGCCUUCCUGCCCAGAGAUGCGGGGGGGGGACCGGGUCGCUUCGACACCGAGCUCAAGGCGUGGCUGGAUGGCGCUGUGCAGCCGCCCGAGCAGCGGCCCACCACGCUCAUCUCGCUCGGAUCGCAGAGCGCGCUGCACAGCCUCUCCGCGUCGGCAGAGGCGCGCGUCGACCUGCUGCUGGCGUGCCUCGCGGCGUCGCCGCGCGUGCUCGUCGCCACGGCCUCGGAUCUCGCAGACGACGGGGCGUUGGCCACCGCACUCGCAGACGGCCGCCUGCGCGUCGCCCAGUGGCUGCCGCAGUGGGAGGCUCUCGCUCACGACAACGUUCGAGCCUUUGUGUCGCACGCCGGAGCAAACUCGGUGCACGAGGCUCUCGCGCUGGGCGUGCCCAUCGUUCCGUUCCCAUUCUUUGACGACCAGCACUACAUCGCGGUGCGGCUCGAGGAGCUCUACGGCUAUGCCGCCGCGGCAAGUGCGGCUGGCGGGUGCUUCACGCCCGUUCGCAAGGCAGCGCUCCGCGACCGGCGGACGGCGCAAAUAGAGGCGGCGGUGCGGCUAGCCCUCGCCGUGCCUGCAAGCCUUCUCGAGGAGCUGCGCCAAGAGGUUGUUGAUGAGGACGGCGCCGAAGCCGCGGCACGGGUGGCACGGUUGCCUCGCCUUCGACACGCCUCCGCGCGGCUGGCGGGCGAGCCCGGCACGGACGGGGCGGCAGGCGAGGACGCAGAGAGCCCAGGGCUGCGGCUCGAGCAGUCGAGGCUGGCCGCGAUCGAGGCCUACUCGUGGUCCGUCUCGCGACUGAGCACGUCGCAGGAUGGUGUGCGCGACGCCUACGCCUGGUCGAUUGCGGUCGCGUCCAACGCAUCCGCGGCAGUCGGCCGUGCCGUCGUUGGGCUGCGCGUCUCGCAGUUCCCGGCGCUGCUGCCAAAAUGGCUCACGUCGAGGGCGACGCGAGAGGCCGCCGCGCCGCUCGCGCCUCCGGACGACGGAGAUGCCGCGCCGCGCCGCUACAUCGAGACUCUCGUCGGUGCAAACGAUCGGCUGUACGCGGGCAUGCUGCUGUUUGUCUCUUGCCUCGAGAUGAUGGGGCCGCUCGCACUCCUCCUCGUCGCGCGAGCGGUCACCGCCCGCCGGGUGGCCGCCCUGCCCGGCGUGCGCCGCGCCGCGCUCUCGCUCUGGGUGUGCGGCGAAGCCGCCUUCUACGUCGCCUGCCUCGCGGUGGCGAUGCGCGAGAACCUGCGCCUCGGCGGCUCAGCCUGCCCUCCGCCUUUCGCAGCGGUGAAGACGCGCGAGUGGCGACGGGGCAUCUGGCGACGCAUCCUCCGCGACCCGUCCCAGUCGCCGCGCGACUUCGUCGAGGGGUGGAUGUUCCGGCGGUCCGAGCUCGCCGACGCCUCUCCCGCGGAGCUGCUGCUCAAGGCGGGCCGCGCGUCGGAGGGCGGUGCGUCGGAGGGCGGCGCCGCAGGGGAGGCGGGUGGCGGGUCAGGGCCGGGGCCGGGCUCGGGCCGUCCGCGACUCGAGCCAUACGGAGUCGCGGACGAGCUGAGAGAGUACGUCGAUGAGCUGAUAGCGGCGGUGGCGGAGGCGGAGCGCGGCGCGGUGGGCAGCGCGCUCGACCGGGGCAAGGCUGCGGCCGGCUCUGCGGUCGACCUUGGCAAGGGCGUGGCGGGCAAGGCGGCGAGCGCCGUCGACCGAGCGAUCAAGGAGGCGCCCGCUGUGGCGUCGGUCGUCGAGACGACGCGCAGCAUCGGGCGCGGCGUGGCGGGGUCGGCGCUCGACGUCGGGAAGGGCGUUGCGGGGCGGGUGGGCGAGGCGGUGGGCGAGGCGGUGGGCGAGGCUCCGCCUGUCGGCCGCCUCUUCCGGGCGACGAAGCGCCUCGCCGCCUCGGGCGUCGCCCCGUACGUCCGGCGCGUCUCGCGGAUGGGCGAGGCCGACGCCGCGCUCGGCGAGGACGAGGCGGACAUCCUGAUGGUCGAGCUGCCCGCCGCGAGCCAGCGGCCCUUCUCGCGCUCGCCUCCCGCGCCCGCCGACUUUGGAGCCACCGUCGAGCGCGCGCUCGACUCGCUCGGCCUCGCGCGCGCCGUGGUGGUAGGCCACUCCCUCGGCUCCGCCUACGCGACUUACGUGGCGCACCACGACGCGCGCGAGAACGAGGGUGGCGCGCGGCGCGUCGGCGGGGUGGUGCUCAUCGACCCGAUCGCCGUCAACUUGCACCACUCGCGCACGACGCGCGAGGUCAUCUUCACGCGCCUCGACUCGGCGCAGGCCUCCUUCGAGGACUUCCUCUUCAAGAAGGAGCUGUGGACGGCGGCGCUGGUGGCGCGCCAGCUGCCGUGGUACGAGGCCUCCUUCUGGCUCGACGACUGCGAGGCGCAGACGCCGGCGCUCAUCGCCGUCGGCACUCUGGACACAAUCAUCAACCCGCGCGCAGCGAGCGACGGCUUCGGGUCGUGGAGGGCGCGGCGACGAGGCGUGCGCGUGCUCUCGAUGGAGGGCAUGGGCCACGGCGAGUGGCUGGUGAAUGACGCCGCCGCCGACAGCCUCGUCGCAGCCGUCCACGCUUUGCGGCUCGAGGCGGCCACCGUCGCUGCUGCGGACGGGUUUCAGCUGACGUGGUGA